UUAGGAGUUUGGGGAAGUGGCAAAAUCUCGUGGUGACCUUACAUCCCCCCACGCGCGCCAUUAGGAAGAAGACGGAGGAAAAGUUGACGGCCGUUAGUUGAACCGUUAUUCCCUCAAAUGGCUCUGAGACAAUCCUAGGAUCAGAUGGCUUCGUGGACGCAAAAAUGGUCCAAGUGUGAAUGUUGAGUUCGAGGUAUUCUACUUUCAUUACAAAGGUCAUAAAUACUUCAAUGCCCUAUUAUGAUGAAAGGAGCGACCUCUAAGCGGCUCUGCUGUUCUCGCUUGUUCGAUUGUGAGACGAAAACGGCUGCCCAGCAGGGAGUGCGAGCCCCCACAAAAGGUACGGCGGUACAGCAUGACGUUGGUUAUUAUGACUGUCCCGAUGAUUUCGGUUUUUUCUCUCACCCGAAGUCCUGUGACAAAUAUUAUGCCUGCAGUAAUGGGACGGCCACGUUGAAGCUGUGCGGUAACGGACUCGUGUUCGACGACACCGAUCCCUUGAGGGAAAACUGCGCAUAUCCUUUCUCCGUCAAAUGCGGUGACCGAACUGAUCUUGAGCCCCCCAUUUCAACACCACAUUGUCCGCGACUAUACGGAAUCUUCCCUGAUAAUAACAACUGCCGAGUUUUCUAUUCGUGUUGGAACGGAGAGUCGUCUCGUUAUGAAUGUCCGCCCGGACUCGCCUACGACAACGAUCAACGUGUCUGUGUGUGGGCCGAUACUGUUGAUCGAUGCGAUCAGCGCGAGGUCGCCGAAGGCUUCGUGUGCCCCGAUCCCGCUGAAGCUGAUGCCCCUGGAGUUUUUACCCGUCACGCCCAUCCUACUGAUUGCCGAAAAUUCUACGUGUGUAUCGAGGGCCAGGCGCGUCCAUACGGCUGCUCGAUCGGAACUGUCUUCAACGUGGAUACUCUCCAAUGCGACGAUCCUGAGAACGUCCAAGGAUGUGAAAACUACUACGGAGACGACACCGAGGUGAAGCUCCUAAAGAAGCAGCAGCAAAAGGCCAAGGCUAAACAAGGAAAUCAGAGAGAUCAGGACAACUAAAUCAGGCAUAAGACAAACGAAGAGACAUCAGUAUAAAACGUAUAAAUGGAUAUUGGCUUCGAUCAGCCAACGCUUCCAGCCAAAGUCAUUAGAUUAACUGAGAAAGGACCUGCUUACAGAAACAAGUGACACCGUUGUAGUCGACCACUUCAUUCUGCCGAUGCUAUGUACGUUCCAGUGUCGAGUCUAGCCCAGCCCAGCCCAGCCCAACCAUAUGAGCUGAUUAGCAGUUGUCAUCGGAAUUGGUCGUUUUUCUCUAAUUUGCCUGCCUGGCAGCGUAAAAGAACGAAGUAACCUUCAUAACUUCAAUAAUCACAGCAAACGUUAUCCCUUCUAAAUAGCGAGGGUGAUGGCAGGGUCGACGCAAAAAAGUAAAUCAUACUUCAUUAAAACAGUUGUCGGCCGUCCCGACAAGCAGAUUUGCCCGUUUCGCUCCCCGAAGGCUAAUCCUUCCACCCCUAAGGGACGGGAAGGCAAUUGAUUGAUGUGAAUCAAGUUAAUAACUAAUAAAUAUAAAGUAACAAGACAAAGAAAGGUAAUUAUACGAUGGACGCCGACAAUGUGAUUAUGAUGAAUAAUAAUAAUUAUUAUUAUUUUCUGCUGCUCGCGUAAUGUCAGCUAAUUACGACUACGUAAUAAUAAUGAUGAUGACGAUACCGUUGUUAUUAUUGAUGAAAGUGAACGUGCCAACGAAAUGAGCAGAACCGGCGUCUCCUUAUAAUGGCGUCUUCUUGUAAAAUACGUAGCAUAAUAUAAAAGAUACGAGCAUACGCAAUGAAGAAACAAGCUAUGAAAAAAAAAUAAUGAUGAUAAUUGUGAAGAAGACAGAAAAACAACGAAACAAGCUGAAUACAAAUGGUCACUCAAUGAAAGAACUCACAUAAACAGCCACAAGAUGUGAACUGAAAGCCACAAACAGACAGACAAGCAUUUAUUCAUACAUUAACAGACAUUGUAUGGACAUCAAUCGUGUCACGUUAUAUUAUUGUGUGGAGUGAAAUAAAAAAGGGCCGGAUAGUUUUUUUAUUAUUAAUAUUAUGUA